AUGGUUGCAACUCAAGAGAAGAAAGACCACUGGUCAUCUGAGGAAUACAAAACAUCCGCCGCCUUCGUCCCCCAGCUCACCAAGACCGUCGUCUCCUACCUCUCCCCCGAACCGACCGACCGCAUCCUCGACAUCGGCUGCGGCGACGGGCCCCUCACCGCGCACAUCGCCUCGCACGUCCCCCAAGGCUCCGUCCUCGGCCUCGACGCCUCCGCCUCCAUGAUCAAGACCGCACAAACCGACCACUCCCCCUCCCCCAACAUCUCCUACCGAGUCGCCGACUGCUCCGACCUCCCCACCUCCGCCCCGGACCUCUUCGCCGCCGCCGCAACCGCCCCCUUCACGAAAAUCUUCUCCAACGCCGCCCUCCACUGGAUCCUCCGCGCCCCCCACGCCCGCGGCGUCGACUCCGACCAGACCCUCUUCACCCACCUCUCCCGCCUCCUCGCGCCGAACGGGUCCCUCGUGCUCGAGGCGGGCGGCGCGGGCAACGUGGCCGAAGUCCUCACCGCGCUGACCACCGCCCUCGUCCACUUCAACGUCGUGCCGUCCCUCGCCGCCGCGCGCGAGAUCAGUCCGUGGUACUUUGCGAGUGAGAAGUGGCUGCGCGAAAAGCUCGUUGAAGCGGGGUUCGUCGUUGAGAAGCUGGAGACGGAGUACCGGCCGACGCGGUUGACGGAGGAGGAGAAGGGAGGCGUGGAGGGGUGGGUGAGGUUGUUUGGGAAGCAGUUCUUGGAUAAGGUCGAAGAAGAGGGGGGAGAGAUGAAGAGGGAGGAGGUGGUACGGUGGGUGGCCGAGGCGUUGAGGGGGAGUUGUGAGAGGGAGGACGGGACGUGGUGGUUGGGGUAUGUGCGGUUGAGAGCUGUGGCGAGGAAGGCCUGA